AUGCCGGAGCCUCAGUCGCCGGGAAGUCGCAGGGGCCUGUUCUCGUGCUUGCACAGCAGGUGCGACGAUGCCUCUAAUCCCGGGUUCCAAGGCACCGCCAUUACCGAGGCUCUUACGGACCUCAUCGACCGCUUGUACGCGGAGGCGUUCGACCGGCUUCCCUCGGACGACUUGGGAACCGACAGACUUCUUACGACCAUGCGCAGCGGCGGCGGCAUCUGCGUUGGCCUCCUGGACCCCGUUUCCAACAUCAUCCUCAACACCAUCUCCGUCCUCCCACCACGCGACAGCCGGCGGUACAACCUGAGGAAGACGCCCGAGCGGAAGCGGCUGGCCGGCGCGGUGCAGCCGGACGACAUCUGGUCCGGUAUUGGCAGAUUAUCCUGCCAUUCUCUCGUCCGAUUCCUGGUGAGUUACUUCGGUUGCCUCACCGACCAACAGGCCGCCCGCUACCUCCACUGGGCAUGUGCCGAUCUUGCGCUCGCCGUCCUGCUCGUGGAGCACGAUCUAUAUGCUGCUGCUGAGCCUCAACUUCCCAACCCCGCAUCCGAAAGGACGCAGGCCGCCCUCAAGCGUGCGGCAACCUGUGCACGGCACCAUGCGCCUGACGUCCUGGUGCGGCUCCACACGUCGCCCCUGCCUCAGAAUCAGCUCCUCGCCGCCGUCCCGUUUCUCAGCCCGGGUGGGCGGAACCUCACCCUCGGCGAUGUCAACACCGUCAUUCAGUUGCUGCGCUACCAGGAAACUGCCUCCCUCGAUUUCCAGUUCAACUUGCUGCCACACGGAAAAGGAGUCGUUGUGUAUGGUCGGGACUUCAGCGCUGAUGAAGGAAAACUCAUCCACACCACCAGCUCCGUGAAUAAUUUCGGCGUGUUCACCAUCAUGGUUGAGCGACACGGAGACCGCUUCGCAUCUCUGCGGGGCAAACAAUCCAGCAGUAUAUCAACCAUGUUGGAGAAUGCAUCUCAAGGUAGCAGCAGUCUGAAGAGCUGCGGCGAUGCCUGUGAAUACACCGAGUCUCUCAGGAUGAGGCUCCACGGCAUGAUCCACGCCUUUUACCUCAAAGUGUUCACCAUGCUGCCCUCCGAUGUUCUACGCGGGCUCAUGCGCUACAUCCUGUUCGCUGGCCACUGCUACGGCCCCAUGGACCCAGUUUCCAACAUCAUUAUCAGCUCCAUUUGGCACAGUAUGUUCUUCCCACUCCCGUCGGCUGGCAGCGACAGCCAAGCGUAUGACAUCCUUGACACCCUCUCCAUGCUUCGCGUGGAGGUCCGUUCCUUGAAUGGCCUCAUUGCCCUCGUCAAAGCAAACUCUGAUUGCUCCAUGCAGCAGGCCAUGGAGUACCUCUGCUCCAAUUCUUGUCACAUGUCCCAAGCCAUGAGCACCCCGCACGGGUUUCAUACUGCUGCCGAAGCUGCUCAACACCCGCAACACGCUGCACUAGGAUCAUUCCUCUCGUCCCUGACGCCUCACAUGCUGGCUAACCUGCGGCCCUUUCUGAGCAUUAACAAUGGCACACACUCCUCUGAAACUCUUCACCAAGUAAGGUUCAUUCUGGCCAACGAACUCCGACAAACUGCAGUUCAGCUUCCUCCCAAGGAAGCUCAAAUGUGCAAGGUGGCUAAGGACACUCUUUUAAUAAAGAGAUCAGAGUAUAAGAACAUGAGGUUAUUCAUUCGCUCCGAGCUUGCAGAAGUGCUGAAGAAAUAUGCAUCUGAGCAUCCUCAGGAACCAAAAUAUGAGCCAAGUGUUAUCUGUGGUGUGGUUGAAUCGUACUACUCAGACAGGGAUUCCUACCACGUUAAUUUUGUAGCUGCUUCCGAAUCAGGGGAUGAUAACCAACUUUUCUUCGCCGAACUCAAUGUGACGUGUGAUCAGUCAAAACCAAGUUUCUGCCUGCGUCUUCGCCUGACAGAUAUGGGUCGUUGCUACUAUGGUCAGACAAGCUCGAUCAAGAUCAUGUAUCCAGCCUCUUCGGAUUAUUUUGAGACUGAUAUUACUAGCUAUGGAAUUAAGCAUACGGAGAUGAUGCUGGACGCAGACUUUGUCUUCGAUUUUAGGAGAGAUGAGCAGUUUGCAAAAGAUGCGGUGAAAUAUUGCGAAGAUUGGAAGGCCUUUUUGGAGCUUGAUGUUGUUUGA